GCAAAUGCGGCUAUCGUUUAUUGUGUUUUGAAACGUGAAGUGAACGUGAACAGCAGUGAAUUCGAAAAUGGCCCGUACCAAGCAAACCGCUCGCAAAUCGACUGGUGGCAAGGCGCCACGUAAGCAACUGGCUACUAAGGCCGCUCGCAAGAGCGCUCCCGCCACCGGAGGCGUGAAGAAGCCUCAUCGGUACCGCCCUGGAACUGUUGCCCUGCGUGAGAUCCGUCGAUACCAGAAGAGUACCGAGCUGCUGAUCCGCAAGCUGCCUUUCCAGCGUCUGGUGCGUGAAAUCGCUCAGGACUUCAAGACUGACCUGCGAUUCCAGAGCUCGGCGGUGAUGGCUCUGCAGGAAGCUAGCGAGGCCUAUCUAGUAGGCCUCUUUGAAGAUACCAACUUGUGUGCCAUUCAUGCCAAGCGUGUCACCAUCUCGAAAAUGGCCCGUACCAAGCAAACCGCUCGCAAAUCGACUGGUGGCAAGGCGCCACGUAAGCAACUGGCUACUAAGGCCGCUCGCAAGAGCGCUCCCGCCACCGGAGGCGUGAAGAAGCCUCAUCGGUACCGCCCUGGAACUGUUGCCCUGCGUGAGAUCCGUCGAUACCAGAAGAGUACCGAGCUGCUGAUCCGCAAGCUGCCUUUCCAGCGUCUGGUGCGUGAAAUCGCUCAGGACUUCAAGACUGACCUGCGAUUCCAGAGCUCGGCGGUGAUGGCUCUGCAGGAAGCUAGCGAGGCCUAUCUAGUAGGCCUCUUUGAAGAUACCAACUUGUGUGCCAUUCAUGCCAAGCGUGUCACCAUCAUGCCCAAGGACAUCCAGUUGGCCCGUCGCAUUCGCGGCGAGCGUGCUUAAGUCGAGAUGGCUUCAACUGGCUCCCAGUGCGCUUACAUAAUUUGUACAAAUCGGUCCUUUUCAGGACCACAAAUUACAUUCAAUGGGAUACUAAUUUUAUCUGGAGGCUUUAACAUAAAAUUAAAGAAAAUUAUUUUCCGUCCCGUUUUUUUAAGCGAAUUGAAUAAUUGUUAAUUCAUUUUUCCAAUUUGUACUGCCUUGAUAAAAUGUAAUAGUAGU